AUGGAACCAUCUCCUCCACCCGUCGAACCGCCGCAGUUCAAAGAUGCCUUUCUGGGCCCACAAGUCCAAAUUAAUGAACUGCCGGCCUCAAAUCGAAUACUCAAUGGACAGAAUACAUCACUUCGACGGGCUAACACCGUAGCCCAGGGUGGCAACAUCAAGCGCAACUUGGAGCUGAAGGCAGCACGCGAGAGAACAGAAGCAGGGAUAUACGCCAAGAAUAGCCAUGAGCCUUUACGACAGUACGACCUACAGCGGUCCCAAACACAUCGCGGCCCGCUAGAGGCGCGUCCACCUGGGAGGAAGGUCGGCCACUUCACCGUGAGAAGUGUCGGCCAAAAUGGCAAAAUAUUUCUCAGGCCAAUUGCCAAUCCGCCGCAGAAAGGCCCGCAGCCGGCAUACUUCUCUCCCGUUGAGACCGCAAAAGCCAAUUUCCUUCAGCCGCAGCGUCAUGCAAAUGUCCGCGAAGACUCGUCCAGGUGGUCGAGCUCACAGCUCUCCGAGCUACGCCCACGCGAAAAACCCGAAGAUCCCGAGCCCAUCUUUUUUGAAUUUCCUCACGACCUCUCGAGCCAGCACCGCGCAAGGCCGGUUUCGUUCUCGACAAUAUCGGAGCAGCAGUCGACAGCCGGUGCUGGGAAACGCGGGGAGCUGCGCAUCGUGAUCGACCGUUCUGACGACCGGCCUAAGUCUGCUCAUGAUUCUUCAACACCAGCGUUGGAGGUUCCAAUCCCUCGUUAUCGGCUCGGGUCGCCGCGUUUCAACGCCGACGGCAGUGUAAUGAUGCAGAGUUCGGUGUAUACGCAAACCUCGAUGUCAGACCAAUUUAGGAAUUCAACUCUGCUGGGGAACAUGGCGGACCCUCUACAAAGUCUUCACAGCCCAUAUCCCCGAGACACUCUCUCACGGCAUCGGCCGUCUUUCGCAAUUUCGAUGUUUUCGGGGCCCGCGGCGGGCAUUGAUAUGAGUCGAGCUUCAACGGCCCCGAGGAAUUCCAUGGUUCAUGAACUGAAAGAGCCGGUUGAACCAUCUAUAUACGAAACGUUGGUGUACGAUAUGGAUGAUGGGUCCGUUGUUCGAUAUGUUCCGGGGACAAAGGAUGUCAGUGCUGCUACACCUGCCAGAAUUGUUGCGCAAAUCUCCUCCGAGUCGUUCCUGGACUAUGAGCUAGUAUCGGACUUUUUUCUUACCUUCCGGUCCUAUCUAUCCACAUCACAUCUGUUGGCGCUUCUUCUCGCGCGACUAAAGUGGGCAAUCAACCGGUUGCAAGAUGAUGGACGUAUCAUCAGAAUCCGCACUUUCGCAGCUUUACGGCAUUGGAUUCUAAAUUAUUUCCUCGAUGACUUUGUUACGAAUUAUGAACUUCGGGCUCACUUCUGCGACACCGUCAACGAGUUAUAUGAAGAGGUCAGAUCUAGAAGCCAUGGCGGAACGAGUGAUCGAAAGAUUCUCAUUGACUUGAAACGGUGUUGGAAUGGCAAAUGCUCGAUGUAUUGGUCUUCCCCUGAUCUGUCUUGCGCCUAUAAUGACCCCGAAAUCCCCAUCCUUCCCGGAGAUGCUCAGAUUGAGCUACCCAGAGUCGAGGAUUUGCGUCAAGUUGCUCCUCCCUCUACUACGACCCCCCACGCAGACACCACCUUCCGCGAAAGUAUUCCUUUCUCAACUCAGCAUGAUCGAAGUGAUUCUGCUGCAACGGCACAAAGUAUCCCGUUCUCCACCAAGAGCGAACAAAGUCUGAUGGCGUUGUCGUGUUCAUUACCUCCCAAAUCCCCCAAGCGCUUCUCCAUAUCUGCUUCUAAAGGCAAGGCGCCACGCCCCGUCGUGCUAGGUCACGCCAAGUCCAAGUCGCCGUCUAGAACCCACGAGCCACCCACCUCACCUGUGUCUCCUAAGGCCCGGCACCCAUAUGGUCACAGUCACAAAAGAAGUGGAAGUUUCUCUGACUCGGUGCGUGAUGAUCGACUGCCCAUGUUUACGACAGAAACAGAAAUGGGAUCCGCACCGCAGGAGGUCCUUGAUCCGGUUAGCCUGAUACGCGGAGAGAUGUACCCUCCCGCAGAGUCUUACAUGACAAUGAUGGCACCCGAAUCGCCUCCUCUUCCUCCACCAUCAAAGAACGCAGGGCCGGACCGCCGGAGCAUACCAGAUGCCCCUAAGCCGACACCUAAUUCAGGCAUGAGAACCAUCAUUGGCUCGAUCAAACGGGCUUUGCACACGAGAAAUGGUGGACAGAGCGUGUCUGCUCGUAUUGUGAAUGCUCACGACGCUGUCUCAUUCCCUUCCCGCGGGAAGACAUCUGCUAUGCCAAUCGGCAUGGCAUUUGGCUCUGAGCUCUACCGAGAGAGGAAGAUGGCAGCUGUCCCGAAGAAUCCAGCUCGGAUAGACGUACUGUGUGAUGAGGUACUCAGACAAUAUCGUCAGGCUAUGAUUAAAGAAGAGACGAAAGACCAAGAGCAGCCACCAGUUGCAUCUGACAUUCACGAAAUGUCCCCACAAGACCCUCCACCAAACAAUGGUAGUCAUCUGCCCAUACAAAGUCCCAAUGCUGCCAAAUUGAGGAGUGGUAUCACAAUGCCGAGUGAAUCCAUCGUAAUUGUUGAUGAUACUGGCUUCGAGAUGACCUCAAUGUCUGGCGCAGCACCGGACUCAAUACCAAAGACCGGCGAUAUAACUCAUCGAACGUCUGGACAUGAUGUCCCCCAUGACGCCUCAACGCAAUCAGUACUAUCAGUACCCGUGGAAGGGGAAUGCCUCCGAGCAGUCUGGUAUAAUGCCGAUGAACCAGAAGCAGUUACCCAGCCGGACCUGUCCCACCCGCCUGGCCCUUUCAUACCUCAGAGAUCGUCCUCUAUCGAACGUGGUUCCACGUCCACAAAUCGGAAGAGAAAAUCUCUUUCUCUCCGACUCCGAAAGUACGCAUCCUUCCAAAGCGGGAUCUCGAGGCAGCGGUACUCGAUGAGCAGCGAGGCGGCCCAAUCCACCGUCGGCUCCAAUGCGAUGCAAGAUCAGAAUGAUAAACGACCAGGGCCAAUCCUUCGCAGGCGCCGAGGAGGAAAUCUGCGUCAGAUGCAGACUGGAGAUGAGCCCGACGCUCUUGCGGGUCGGCACUCGUUUGCGUCCUGGGAUGACUCGGUUGCGGAUGAAACGGCCACAUCUGAUGGCAGUGGCUCGCGACCCCCUUCAACUUUGAUUCCUCCCAACCCUCGACGUUCGUUUGAGUCGGUCCUUGCGAAGUUUGCACAGCUCCCCGAUGACGACGAUGGCGGUAUUGAAUCCACGCUGCUGAAGCUGGAAGGAAAGUGGGAUGGACCAGCUAGCGGCAAUCGAGCCUCUGCGCCUGCCCAGGCAGAAACAUCUCAUUACAAUCGAGAGCAGCCUUUGAUGGGGCACGGGAUCGAAACGGUUAGGCCUGGGUGGGGUGUUAUUUCUCGCAGGCGACAGACGGACAAGUCCAUGUAUUCCACUGUUGGAGGGCGAUUGGCACCACCAAGACCGUAUUCGGAUUCUGUGACCGAGUCCGAAGAGUCCUACAACUCUACCCCACUUCUCGAAAGAGGAUUGACCGAUGACUCCAUGAAAUGGCAGGCAGCAAGCCACCCAAUCCCCUACGAACCGCACGGCGCUCCGCUCACCCUCAUAUCCAGUCGCGAUACUUCUGAAAUUCCCUCCUCACACCCUUCGAUUCAGAUCGUGCAUGAGACCGACAGCAUGCGUCGUAUUCCUCGUGGCUCUACCACUCCUGUCUCGCUUCAUUACGACGCCGGCCAGAUGACUCCGAAGCGUUUCUCGGCUCUUUCCUCAGAAAUGUCGGUUGACAUGAUUGAUCGGCAUGAAGCCUUGGGCGCGAGACUGUCGACCGACACCCGCAGUCUCAAUUCUUCCACCGUUGAGAUCCCACCCCAUCCUUUGGCGCAGCCUCCUUCUCCGCCGAUGACCAUCCAACAUCCGAAAUCUUUCACUUCGUAUCCUUCGCCGCUGGAUAAUAAGGUCUUGUAUCAGGCCAAGCCUCUCACGCCCGACACAUCCCCCCGACACAAAACGAUGGGCAAUAUUGCUUCGCGUCCAAUGAAUAUCCAGCAGGUUUCGAGCGAUGUCUUACUCAAUUCAGAAAUCGACCGUCCGGACCAGGACGCUAUCAUAAAUCCUGUCCCAGACCAUGUCCCCUUUAUCCUAUCUUGCGAAUCCCAUGUCCUCGCACAACAAUUGACAAUAGUCGAAAUGGCCGCUCUCAGUGAAGUCGACUGGCGAGAUCUAGUCGAAAUGAAAUGGAGCAGUGCCUGUCCCUUGGUCACAAAUUGGGUUCAGUUCCUGACGUAUGGCGAACGCAAGGGCAUCGACCUGGUCGUCGGUCGCUUCAACCUCAUGGUCAAAUGGAUUCUGUCGGAGAUUAUCUUGACCCGCGACAUCAAUGAGCGGGCUCGUACUAUCAUCAAGUACAUCCACACAGCCGCGCAUGCACGCCGCCUUUGCAAUUACGCUACAAUGCUCCAGAUCGCCAUUGCCUUGUCCUCGUCUGAUUGCUCUCGGCUGCAGAGUACGUGGCAGAUGAUUUCCACAGAAGACAAACGACUGUUCAAGGAUAUGGAGUGUCUGAUUCAGCCGGUGCGCAAUUUCAACGACUUGCGCGUCGAGAUGGAGACGGCAAACUUGCAGGAAGGCUGUAUUCCCUUUAUCGGUCUUUAUAUUCACGACCUCACUUAUAAUGCCCAAAAGCCCGCACAAGUGAAUAGCAGCACUGGCGGGUUACUCGUCAACUUUGAGCGCUAUCGCACAGCAGCGCGGAUCGUCAAGAGCCUCCUUCGUCUUAUUGACGCCAGCACGAAAUACAGGUUCGAACCUGUGCCUGGCAUCAUUGAACGGUGCUUGUGGAUUGCUUGUCUUCCUGAUGAGGAGGUCCAGGCUCGCAGCAAAGCAUUGGAGUAA